AUGCUUAUUGAAACAAAACAUAAUUUUUAAAAAUAUCAAAAAAUUGCAUGUUUUAAAUUUUCAUUAAAAAGAUCUAAUUAUUUACAAAUAAAUGCAUCUAAAAAGCCUUUUAGGCUUAAUAUGCUAGCUAAAAUAAAUAUAGAGAAUUUAUCAUUUAAAAAUAUUAACUUAUUUUGUCCAUUUAUGACAAAAACUGUAGGUAUUAAUUGUAAGUAUUGCAAAAAGUUAAAUUCACCUAAUUUAAGAGAUUACAUUCAUCAUUAAGUUAUCAACUUUUUCAAAAAGAUCUAAACAAAAAAAUUCAAGAAUGAAGAAAAAUGUACAUCAAAAAUUAAUUAUUCUUGA